AUGAUCAAAGUUGUGAUUGUCUGUGUAUUUCAACGGCGACGGUGGGGAAAUGGUUAUAAACGUGCAGCCCGGUUUUGGAGGAGGCUUUGGACCCAUGGAGAGAGUGCGCUCCCGGGAAGGGUAAAGGAAGCCUUGGAGAAAGCAAAGACAAGGUCUAAUAUGGCAUCUGGGAGUGAUUCUGAUGCUCCAAAAGACGAAGGAACUCAAAUUCGUGUCGCCCCGGUUCCUGCUCCGGUUUUGCCCCAUUCGGGAUCCAUCCCGCUAGACGACCUUCUGAUAACGCGCGCCUGA